CCCUCCCAUGCAGGCAGCCGGCAGCUGAGGCUAGCAGGAGGCCCUGGGCGCUGCACCGGCAGGGUGGAGGUGUACAGCGAGGGCACCUGGGGCACCAUCUGCCAGGACACCUGGACCCUGCAGGAUGCCACCGUCGUCUGCCGCCAGCUGGGCUGUGGAUGGGCUCUGGAGGCUCCUAGCUCUGAGCGCUUUGGGCCUGGCAGUGGGACACUGUGGUCGGGUGCCGGGGACUGCUCUGGGGUGGAAGAUGCUCUCUGGCACUGCCCAGCCCCAGUGCAGCGUGGCUGCCAGCAUGGUGGUGGUGCGGGUGCCGUGUGCUCAGGGCUGCUGGACCUGCGGCUGACGGGGGAAGGCAGCAGAUGCCAAGGGCACCUGGAGGUGCUGCAUGAGGGAAUGUGGAGUUGUGUUUGUGCAAAUGGCACCAGCCUCGCCACGGCCGCUGCCGUCUGCCACCAGCUGGGAUGCGGCACAGGGGGGAGUCUGGUGGCUGUCCCUGCACAGGGCUCAGAUCCUGCCUGGCUGAGCUGGGUGAGAUGUGAGGAGGGGGCCCCCUCGCUCUGGCGCUGCCGCUCAGCUCCCUGGCAGCUGCAGGAAUGUGACCCCACCUGGAUCGCCUACAUCGCAUGUGAAGAGGACACCAGGGACAGGAGUGAGGCCACCAGCCCAACCCCCGGUAGCAGCCACAAGGACAGAAUCACCUCAACAAAUGGUUCUGUCCAUGCUCCCUGUCCUCUAACUGCUGCAAUGGGAUCCCCACGGGGCCUCACGCUUCCCAUCGCUGCCCCACAGCUCUCACCCACAGCGCUGUCCCACUGCCCCAGCAAGGACGCCACUUCCGAGGUUGUGUAUGAGGAGCUUGACUACAGCCUGAUGCCCAAGUACCAGGAGGUGCCCAGCCACACAGACCCCCUUGCCCAGCCCCAGCACAGACCCUCGCAUGGCUACGACGAUGCUAUGGCUGUGCCGGAGGUGUUCCACUCUCCCCACACCGGGGAUGUCCUGGCACAGCCCCCCGAGGACAUGAGCUGUGAUGACAUUGGUGUCAGCAUCCUGGGGACAUCACUGCACCCCCAGGCUCAGCCACCUCCCCAGGUGCCCACAGGCAGCGAGAUGCUGCAGCUGGUGGAUGGCGGUGGGCGCUGUGCCGGUCGGGUGCAGAUGAAGCACGAGGGCGAAUGGGGCUCUGUCUGCAGCUACGACGUCCAGUGGGACGCACAAUGGGCCGGUGUGGUGUGCCGGCAGCUGGGCUGUGGCACGGUGGCCCAUACGUCCCCAUACGCCCCAUUUGGGCAGGGCCAGGGACGCAUCUGGUUGCAUCCCUUCUUCUGUGAUGGCACUGAGGCCACCCUGCAGGACUGCUCUCACUAUGGCUGGGGCAAGCACUUCUGUGGCCACGAGUGGGAUGUGGGAGUGAUCUGCACAGGUGAGCUGGGGUGGCUGGGAUGCACAUACCAUGCCAGGACCCCUGUUGCUGACGAUAACUGGAACAUGAAUGAUGCUGAGGUGGUGUGCCAGCAGCUGGGCUGUGGAUCAGCUGCUCACACCAAGUUUACCAAGCAAGUUUCACAAGUCAGGAGUCCAGUAAUGUUGGCCUAUAUCAACUGCAAUGGGAACGAGAAGGCCAUCUGGGACUGCAACAUUAAGCACUGGGGUCCCUACAACGUCACUCAUGAUUAUAACGCCACUGUGGUCUGCCAAGGGUUCUCCCAGCUGGCUGGAGGUGACAGUGCCUGUUUGGGGCGGCUGGAGGUGCGGCAGGGCCGGGCCUGGGUCAGCGUUUGCCAUGGCCACGUGGACCUCAUGGCCGCGCAGGUCGUCUGCAGGGAGCUGGGCUGCACCUACACUGGGUUCCGGCUGGCUGAGUCAACUGCUCAGGCUGCGGUGUGCCUGAGAAAAUCUAUGCUGUGCCAGCCACUGGAUCAGGCCACAUGGAGCUGCAGGAGCUGCGAUGUGUCGGCACGGAAGAGCUCCUGGCACAGUGUAAUGCCUCGGGGAUGGCCACCAAGACCAACCACAGCCAUGAGGAGUUGGCCAUUGCCUGCUCAGGUGAGGGCACUGGGAAAGACCAUGGGCAUCACGCUGUCAUCCCCAGACCCAGCCCGACCCUCCCAUGCAGGCAGCCAGCAGCUGAGGCUGGCAGGAGGCCCCGGGCGCUGCGCCGGCAGGGUGGAGGUGUACAGCAAGGGCACCUGGGGCACCAUCUGCCAGGACACCUGGACCCUGCAGGAUGCCACCGUCGUCUGCCGCCAGCUGGGCUGUGGAUGGGCCCUGGAGUCUCCUGGCUCAGAGCACUUUGGGCCUGGCACUGGGACGAUGUGGCUGGGUGCUGGGGGCUGCUCCGGGACGGAGGAUGCUCUCUGGCACUGCCCGGCCCCAGUGCAGCGUGGCUGCCAGCGUGGUGGUGGUGCGGGUGCCGUGUGCUCAGGUGAGUGCUACCAUCUCUCUGGAUGGGAGCAGCCCCACCACCCUCAGGGUUCAAUGAUCCCCUGACCUCGUUGCAGGGCUGCUGGACCUGCGGCUGAUAGGGGAAAGCAGCAGAUGCAGAGGGCACCUGGAGGUGCUGCAUGAGGGGACGUGGGGUCGUGUUUGUGCCAAUGGCACCAGCUCUGCCACAGCCACUGCCGUCUGCCACCAGCUGGGAUGCGGCACAGGGGGGAGGCUGGCAUUUGUCCCAGCACAGGGCUCAGAUCCUGCCUGGCUGAGCUGGGUGAGUUGUGAGGAGGGGGCCCGCUCGCUCUGGCACUGCCCCUCGGCGCCCUGGCAGCUGCAAAAAUGUGACCCCACCGGGAUCACCCACAUCACAUGUGUAGAGAACACCAGAGACAGAAGUGAGGCCACCAGCCCAGCCCCAGGUAGCAGCUGCCAGGACAGAGUCACCUCACCAGAUGGCUCUGUCCAUGCUCACUGUCCUCUAACUGCUGCCAUGGGAUCCCCACGGGGCCUCAUGGUUCCCAUCACUGCCCCACAGAUCUCACCCACAGCGCUGUCCCACUGACAGAAGCACCAAGGAGCGUGUCUGCACUCACAGUCUUGUGCGUGAUCCUGGGGUUGCUGCUGUGCCUGGCCCUGGCCGCCCUGGCUGUGCAGGCACAGCGUGCACGAGCCCAGUCCCAAGGUGGGCACCGCUCUGAGGGUCCCCCACCACGGGGCAGCACCUUGGAGACAUCGUGGUCACCAGUGCCAUGCGUGCUGCAUUGCAGGCCCCAGCAAGGAUGCUGCCUCUGAGGUUGUGUAUGAGGAGCUUGACUACAGCCUGAUGCCCAAGUACCAGGAGGUGCCCAGCAGCACAGGCUCCCUGUCCCAAGGCUCAGGAACAAAGAUGGCAGAUCACAGCAGGGACAGCGAAGAGCAGAGUGACCUCCAGGUGUCCCCAGGUAGGAGCACAGGCACAGAGGUGCACUGUGAGGACAGAAAAGCACUGGGCAUCCAUUCAAGGGGGACGCAGCCAAACAGCGCUGAUGGGGAGGUGAGGGCACGCAGCCCCUCCUGGCUGUGUCCUCACCACCGGCCCCGCUGUGCCUUUCACAGACCCCCCUGCCCAGCCCCAGCACAGCCCCUCGCAUGGCUACGACGAUGCUAUGGCUGUGCCAGAGGUGCCCCCCUCUCUUCAUACGAGGGAUGCCUUGACAGAGCCCCACGAGAACAUGGGCUAUGACGAUGUUGGUGUCAGAGCUCUGGGGACAUCGUUGUGAGCAGGGCCUGGGGACAUGGCUGGAACAGGAGCCUCUCUCCGCAAAUUCGGGUGGCUCUGGCCUUGGCAGCAUCACCUCUCCCUGCCUGGCAUUACAGAACAGUAGCAAACUGCUCCAUUCUCCUUCCUGCACCUGCAGCACAACAGCUUGUCAGCUUUUUCAAAAUUAUUUUCUGUAACUCUUUCCUUAUGAGUAUCUCUUCUUUAUUAAAACCCCUCAUCUGUGUGGAAACUCACUUGCAGCCUUGGCUCCUCUACCUGAGUCUAUCAGCCUUCCCUCGGGGCUGUGGGGCAAACCUGGAUUUCAGAGACACCCCCCUUGGCGCUUGGCACUGGGGAAACAACAGGAAGAGUGGGAAAGCUCAUGGAGACCAGGUAGGAUGGCUCCCAGGACUGCUGCACUGCAGUGGAAGGACAACAAGGACCGCGUGUCCCACAGGCACACAGGUGCAGGCACGCUGCCAUACACUGUGGUUUUACCCGGCAGGCAGCUGAGCAGCACCCGGCCGUUCGCUCACUCUGCCCCUGCCCCCAGUGUGCAAUGGCGGAGAGAGCUGUAAACAAACUUGUGGGGCGACAUACAAACGGAAAAGGACAGAAAAGGAAAACAGUUACAGACAUUCAGAUGAUAACUGUACAUGCAUGUACCCCACACAAAUUCACAGCCUUUGCACACACGUUUUGAUAAGGAAACUGGCGCAUGCUGACUCUCACCCUGCGCUUGCUGGUAGGAUCUCCUCUUCUGAGGACACCUCUGUUGUGGGUGGGAAGAGGACACGUGGUAAAGAGCUCCCUCUGAUACAAGAGACAUGUAUCAGGGGCCUGAGUCAUCUCCAUGCACCUGUCUGUUCCUGUAGUCUGUAAGAACCUGCAGUGGCUGAGGGCAGGAUUCACAUCCCUGCUGUAUGUUCCUGAUGGAAGGUGCCAAGCAACCGUCCCUGGAGUUUUCAUUAAAGUCAUGGAACGGGCUGUCCUUCCUCAUCUGCUCUAUGCCACCGCUGUGUGCCUCUGCCAGGAGCAAUGGCGGCCUCCUGGCUGGCAGCGCAUGUCCCUCCCGAGCAGGCCAGGCCUUCCUGCUGGGGCCUCUCAGCUGGGCCCAGAGCCCUGCUGCGGUGCCGCUUGGUUCUGCCUGCAGAGCUGUUGGCCCUGCUGAGCCCUGCUCUGGGGCUUCUGCUGCCUCCUGGGCCCUGCUCCGGCCUGAUGGGAGGCCAUUUAGGUGCUCUCGUGGCAGGGCAGGGCCAGAGCUCUGCAACACGAGCACAAGAUGGAGGGAGCACUGCCUUGGGCCCUGCUGGCAUUCCUGUCCGGCACACUGCAGCCCUGCACCCUCAGCAGGAGCCCAGCCCCACAGCCGUGUUCUCAGGAGCCCCUGGUGCCCAUUGAGCCAAGUGGCCAUGCACUGACCCUGCAGCGAGGCCAGGCACAGCCCUGCAUCCCAGCCCUUCGUACAAGCAGGGUUUCACUUUUGAAAGCGGCCGCGCACCGGUUGCACACUUCCUCCUUCCCCAGCACCACGCUGCAAUUGAGGACAGGGGCAGGGACACGUCGGCCCAGCGCCUCCCCCUGUGAAGCUGGGUUUCCGUACAGUCCCCUCAGCAGCCAGACACCCCUAGGACUGCUGCAAUCUGCAGCUGACCCUGAAUCUGCUCCUACACAGCGAUACCAAAGCAGUGGAGCGGGACCCCUUCCAGCAUGCUACAGGCUGGAGUCGAAGAGCAUCACUUUAUGCUUAUGUAUCGCUUCUGUGCAGGUGGUAUGGCAGCUGCAUGCGGUUGUUGCUCACAAUGGAUCCCCAUGCAGAAGAAAACAUCCCCUCCUGCUCAUGCUGCAGGGCAUGCAUGGGGACUGUGCGUUCCCAGAUGCAGGCAGUACAUUGGCUCAUGCACUGGCUCAUGAGAGGGGCCUGGCAUGGCCAUCAUGAGCAUGUCCAUCGUGAGCAUGUCCACAACAGCGUGGGGAACUUAUUCACCCCCAUGCUGCCUGGAGAAUCACAAAGGCAGCUCUAGGACCCCACCAUAAUGAGCUGGGCACUAAGGUGCAGAGGGAGGCCCUGUUUAGGAACACUCCUGUUCCUGUGGGGACCCACUCUGCAUGGACACUGCCCCAGCCCCAGCUCAGGGACACACAGCACCCAGGCAGGCUGGCUCACCACAGGGACAUGCAGGCAGAAAGCCCCCUUGUUGGGGCUGUGUGACACCAGAAGAGGAGGCAAGCCUCAUAUUUCGGCACAAAGCAGGUUAUUGGAGGCUGGGCCCCAACAAGCAGCAGAUAACCCUGCUGAUAACAGCUCCCAACAUGCAGCAGAUGUGCAGCAAUCAGAAGGACUAACGCAAUGGAAAUAGCAUUACAAAAAAAGGUGGAAGGAAAAUAGAGUGCUCACCCAGAUUAGAAGAUUCUGGGCUAACAGGGAAAGGCUCUCACCAACGAGAGAACUUCAGGAAGAGAGCCUGGCUCAGGGGCAGUCAGCCCUUAAAUGAGGCAUAAGAGGGGUACAGCCAGGCUCCACCCCCUUCUGGUCACACAGGUGAAUUGCCUUCACCUGUGCUCCCAGGGCUGACUGGGUUUUUCCUCCAGGUGCUCAAUCAGUGGUUCAGGCCAUGACUCAGCAGUUCCCAUACACUCCACCCCUUCAUGGCAUGAACCAAUGAUCAAGUUAGCUUGAGGGUGAGCCUUCCCUGAUACAGGGAUCCAAAACACCAUGAUGAUUAUACAAUUGCCCAUCGCGAUGCAGGUUGACACAAUGUGAGACGAUUGAUGAUCAGUUCAUGGUUGAGGUUCACAUUGUCUUAUGGGCCAGUGCUCGAUGAUGUUACUGGAGGCAUGCAGUUGUUUGGUGCAGAUCAGUCUCAUGUCCCACCAGUCCACAUAGGCCAUCACCGGGUCCUUGUUAUCCUUCCACUGCUGUGCAGCAGUCCUGGGAGCUCAUUCCAAAGAGUGAGCCCCCGAUAUACAGCCCAGCUAUCUGUGCAGAUGUUCAGUGCACUGUCACCAGGUUCCUUGGUGAUAACCAUCCACACGGCUCGCAGCUCUGCCCAUUGGCUACUUUGACCAUCCCCCUCUUCAAACCAGAUUGUGUCAGUGGAGGGAUGGUAUGCCACUGCUCUCCACUUGCUUGGGUUGCCUUUGCUGGACCCAUCCAUAUACCAGGCGUCUUCAGGAAUGGGAUAUUUCCCCUCCUGAACAGGACUCUUCUCCGGUGGAGCGACCGUUGUUUCUUUCGGUGCAUCACAGUGACACGUCACUGGGCCUAAGAUCUUUUGAAGUUCUUCUUUCAAUGGUGAUGAAGACAAACUACUCCGCUGGCUGAGAUAGGCGACCCAUUGUGCCGCUGUCUGUGCCUGGGCCACCCCUGUCUUAGGAAAGUGGGUCAGAUCUUUCACCCACCCCUGAAUCGGCAAGGUGGUCUUAACUGUGACCUCAGAUGUUUGGGUUAUUGGCUCUACCACCUGUAAUGCAGAGUAGGCAGCCAAUAACUGUUUUUCAAUCAUGCUUUAUCUUUCCUCUGCUCCGUGCCAGACCUGAGACCAGAACCCGAUUGGGGUCCGAACAGAACUCUGGCGUUGCCACAGGCCCCAGCCAAAGCCGUCCUGAGUGACAUGAACGUCCAAUUCAGCUGGGAGGGUAGGAUCAAAUAUAGCCAGCACCUGGGCUUGUUUAACAGCCAGUUUUGCCUGUUGGAAAGCCUCGUGUUCCGUUCUCCCCCAGUCCCAUAGUUGCCCCUUCUUUGUGAGUCUAUAUAACGGCCUCAGCAGCUGUGCUAAAUGAGGUAUAAAGGAACGCCAAUAUCCCAAUACACCCAAGAACUCCUGCAGCUGCUUCGGUGUUGUAGGGACUGGGAAUGCCUGAACCUUAUCUAUGACAGCACUGGGUAGUACUUUGGUCUUUCCUGACCAAACUACCCCCAGGAAUUUCACAGAUAGGCCUGGACCCUGCACCUUCUGGGGGUUUAUAACCCAUCCUUUUUCCUGCAGAUAGGUAGUUAAUGAAUCUGCUGCCUGCCCUACUGCCUCCAGUGAGUCAGAUGUCAACAUGAGAUCAUCAAUAUAAUGAUACAAGCUAACAGUGUUAGGUUUUUCCCAAUUUGCCAGGUCACACACACUAGGUUAUGGCAGUAUGUUGGUGAAUGCACGUACCCCUGUGGCAGGACCUGAAAGGUCCACUGCCUGCCUCCCCAUGUAAAUGCGAACUGGUCUUGUGAUUCUUCAGCAAUUGGAAUACUGAAGAAUGCAUUCGCCAGGUUUCUAUUUCCCUACUCAAUGUGUCCAUUAGGGAGGCAAUAUUGGGUACGGCUGCGUGAACAGGCAGCGUGACCUUAUUUAGUUCUCUAUAGUCUACCGUCAUUCUCCAUGUGCCAUCUGAAUUCCGCACUGGCCAUAUGAGGGAAUUAAACGGGCUAUGUGCAGGUCUUAUGAUCCCAGCUUUUUCUAAUUCCUGCACAGUCCUUGCUAUUUCAUCUUGCCCCCCCCGGGAGCCUAUACUGCCGCACAUUAGUGAUCCAGCACGGUUCCAGCAGGCGAAUAGGCUCAUGCUUUGCAUGGCCUCUCAAUAUCGCCUGCACCGCCCGGAUACUGAUACACCUCUGUCGGAGUCUGAACUCUCCAACGGUUGUCUGGAGAGCCAGACCCCAGAAAAUGUCUAUGCCCAAGAUGUACUCUGGGACUGGGGCAAUAGACACCUUAUAUUCCCGGGGCGGGAGACGCCCAACCCCCAGUUUCAACUACGUCUGGGUAACUGGAAUGGUCUGUCCCCCGAAGCCACCGGUCAUUGUUCUAUCCCCAUUAAACUUAGUCGGAUCCCCAUAAAUAAUUGACAUUUCCGCACCUGUGUCAACCAGUACCAUAACCCUUUGUAUGUUCUUUCGGGACCAAAAAAUUGUCAGCUCAACAUAGGGCCUCUGGUCCCGUCUGGAGGCCCUAACAUGGGGACUAAUAUCCCCUAUCAAGCCGUGAAUUGGGCAAGUGCCAAGUCUUUUUCCUCAGGUGGCUCAGGCAUCAUAGCCCGAGUCACCUGGGGAGUCUUAUUCCUUUUAUUAGGGACUAUAAAGUCCUCUAGGUUCCAAGUAUUUUCUGGUAUUCGUUCAAUUAUUCAUACCCUUGUCCUUUUGGAGGUACUUAGAAAUUUUUGAUCAUCCCUUAGUUGUUUCCAUAACUGAAGCAAAACAUGAUUAGGUUGGCGGUCGAUUUUAGCAAAAGCCACCCCGUCCCGUAUGAGGUCAUUAACAUCUGUUUACAGGAUACCCGUAUGGGGCCCGAUCAGGGUGUCUGUGGGGCAGCUUUUCCAAUUUAAUUAUGGGAUAUACCUCAGCCCCUUCCACUGUCCUAAUAUUACACCUUGCCCUUAGGCGCUCUGUCUCCCCCAGAUCAGCCAUGAACUGGGCAGCCUGCUGAACAAUGGCCUCUGAGGCCACCAAGGGGUUCAAUAUAGAUAACAGUGUGCCGUAACGGUGGGAGGGUGCCUGCUGUAAAAUUAGGUCCCUCAUUCCAGCCGAGAAUUUUACUAAGUCAGGACUUUCAAAGCCAUCCUCAUAAAUGGCCUCUUUCAUUCCUACCUCACGAAUAUAUGUUUGGAGGUCCUCCAUGGAGGACCAUAAACCUGCAUGCACCGGGAUAUCAGCCUUACGUCAUGGUUUUAUUAUUUUCGCUUAUUGGUAUUCCACAUCAUAACAUCAUGUAGUGUAUGCACCUGGUUCUCAGAAGA